AUGACUGGUUUUGCGAGCCCACUCGCUAGUUCCCAAGGACUUGCGGAACGAGACAAUAAAUGGAAUUUGAAGUGUGGCAACGCGCCUACCGUUGUGGCAGGAUCCCUCCUCAACGCCUCCGACGUGACAAACCCUCUCCCGCAAGUCCUACCCGAUUCCGGCUCCAACCAGCCAUGGCUCAAAUACCUCUGGUGCAUCCCCGGGACCCAAACCUAUCUCUUCCUCAAUAACGGCCGCCUCCUGCCGCCACCCCUCACCUACCGCGACGUCCGCGGCGCUCUGAGUCAAGCAGCCGUCCAGGCCCAAAACAACCUAACGCAGCACGGUGACGGCCCAAUCACCGGCCACUACAGCGGAUUCAUGACGCCCGGCUUCAACUGGUACAUGACGCCCCCAGCGACCAAUUUCCAGGUGUACGCGCAGUCUUCCAAAGGGGUUCUGACAUGGAGUGUUCUGGUUGCGGCACUGAAGGGACUGGGGCAGUAUGUGAAUAAUACUUAUGAUUUUGGGGAUGUCCCAAUUGUGUUCCAGAUAAACGAUGGGCAGUGGGGGGAGGUCGGGAUCGGGUACGUGGGGUUCAUUGACCCGGAUGAUCCUCAAGAGAAGUGUAUUUAUGAGUUGGUGUGGGGAAAGGAGGGAUAUUGCGAAGAUGUGACGGCGGGGAAAGUUAUCAACUAG